AUGUUUUGUUCUACCAUAUUGAUUGUCAGGAAUGACUACGGGGUACGCAGAAUAACAUGUUCUGUAUUGUUACAGUUGGUUGGCGGCGAGUUCGACAUGGAGCUUAACUUCGUGAUACAAGAUGCACAGAACAUACAGCACAUGUUGGAGCUGCUGGACCACUGCCCGCCCAGUCUGCAGGCGGAGAUAUGGUCGGUGUUCAUCGCGAUUCUACGCAAGAGUGUGCGCAACCUGCAGGCCUGCACCGACGUGGGCCUCAUACACCACGUACUGCAGCGGUUGCCACGCGCCGAGACAGUCGUAGCAGACCUGCUCAUCGAGAUGUUAGGCGUACUUGCGAGUUAUAGUGUCACAGUCAAGGAGCUCAAACAGCUGUUUAACGCCAUGAAAGCCGUUAAUGGCAAAUGGCCGCGUCACUCUGCGAAGCUGCUUAACGUGUUGCGUCAGAUGCCGCACAGGAACGGACCAGACGUGUUCUUUAGUUUCCCCGGAAGAAAAGGAUCGGCAAUCGUGCUACCGCCGCUAGCGCGGUGGCCCUACGAGAACGGCUUCACCUUCACCACGUGGUUCCGACUCGACCCUAUCAACUCCGUCAACAUAGAGCGGGAGAAGCCAUAUCUAUACUGCUUCAAAACAAGCAAAGGAGUCGGCUACACAGCGCAUUUCGUCGGCAACUGCCUGGUGCUGACGUCCAUGAAAGUUCGAGGCAAGGGCUUUCAGCAUUGCGUCAAAUAUGAAUUCCAACCGCGAAGGUGGUACGCGAUAGCAGUGGUGUACAUAUACAACAGAUGGACCAAAAGCGAAAUCAAAUGCCUGGUGAACGGGCAGCUAGCUUCCAGCACUGAGAUGGCCUGGUUCGUCUCCACCAAUGACCCCUUCGACAAAUGCUACAUCGGAGCGACAGCGGAGUUAGACGAGGAGAGAGUUUUUUGCGGUCAGAUGGCAGCAAUUUAUCUCUUCGGCGAAGCGCUCACGACGCACCAGAUCUGCGCUAUGCACCGACUUGGACCUGGAUAUAAGAGCCAAUUUCGUUUCGACAACGAAUGCAACAUCAGUUUACCGGAAAACCACAAAAGGGUGAGCGAGUCGGCCGCGAUCAAGCUUGAAUACGCUGAAAUCCCGCCAGAACCCAAUCCUGAUUCCCAAACUCCCGACCAUAAUCCCCCUGAUGCUUCGCAAGAAGAUACUAAGGCAGCAAAGAGCGAAGAGAAUUGUGUAGUUGUUAAAGAAGACGCGACGCCUCGAGGAAAGCGCAUGGCAGACGAAGCGCGCGAAGUUGCCGCAGCGCAUGCGACCCUGCUCGUAGAUAUUGAAGCAUGCAAGCGUGUACUGUAUGACGGCAAAUUGUCCUCUGCCAUAGUGUUCAUGUACAACCCGGUUGCGACAGACGGACAACUGUGCUUACAGUCGGCUCCUAAGGGAAACGUCUCCUAUUUUGUUCAUACACCACAUGCGCUAAUGCUGCAGGAAGUGAAAGCCGUGGUAACGCAUUCAAUUCACAGCGCAUUGAAUUCGAUCGGCGGGGUGCAGGUUCUGUUCCCGCUGUUCGCACAACUCGAUUUGCCGCACGACGCCCCCAGCUCCGAUCCUAAACGGGACCCCAUGCUUUGUUCAAAACUCCUGGGUUUCGUGUGCUCCUUGGUCGAGUCGUGCAGUACCGUGCAGCAGCAUAUGCUGCAGUGUCGCGGAUUCCUGGUGAUCUCGUAUAUGCUGCAACGUUGCGGUCGCGAGCACCUUACGCCGGACACCCUGGCUUCAUUCUUGCAUCUGACCAAACAUCUCGUCACCUGCUGCUCGCCUAAUUCCGAUUUGCUUCUAAAGCAGCUGCUGGACCACAUCCUCUUCAACCCGGCGCUAUGGAUCCACACCCCAGCCGCAGUUCAAGCCCGACUUUACUGCUAUUUGGCUACGGACUUCUUAGCUGAUGCCCACAUAUACGGGAGUGUCAGGAGAGUCAGUACAGUUCUGCAGACUGUGCACACGUUGAAAUACUAUUAUUGGGUCGUCAAUCCAAGAACUAAGAGUGGGAUUACGCCAAAAGGAUUGGAAGGUCCACGACCAGCACACAAAGACAUCCUUACUAUACGUGCAUAUAUCCUGCUGUUCCUCAAACAACUAAUCAUGAUUGGGAAUGGCGUUAAAGAAGACGAAUUGCAAUCGAUUUUGAACUAUCUCACCACGAUGCACGAGGAUGAAAAUCUUCAUGACGUGCUACAGAUGCUGAUUUCUCUUAUGUCCGAGCAUCCUAGCUCGAUGGUCCCUGCGUUUGAUGCAAAAGGUGGAGUAAGGACAAUAUUUAAACUACUUGCCUCUGAGAGCCAGCUGAUUAGACUUCAAGCGCUAAAGCUUCUCGGAUUCUUCUUGAGCAGGAGUACACAUAAACGCAAGUACGACGUGAUGUCGCCGCACAACCUGUACACGCUGCUGGCCGGGCGGCUGGGCGCAGGGGGCGCAGGAGGCACUGUGGGUGGUGCGGGCGGUGUGGCUGGUGGUGCGGGGGGAGCAGGGAGUGUCUCCGGAGGUGCAGGGGGCGAGGCGCUGUCGCUGCCGGUAUACAACGCGCUGUACGAGCUGCUCACGGAGCACGUCGGCCAGCAGAUCCUCUACACCAGCCACCCGGAGCCGCAACCCCACUUCCGCCUAGAGAACCCUAUGAUACUAAAAGUGGUGGCAACACUGAUACGACAGUCGAAGCAGACAGAACAACUGCUCGAGGUUAAAAAACUAUUCCUCUCCGACAUGACGCUCCUGUGCAGUAACAAUCGAGAGAACCGAAGGACUGUGCUCCAGAUGUCCGUUUGGCAAGAAUGGCUGGUCGCUAUGGCCUAUAUACAUCCGAAGAACGCCGAGGAACAAAAAAUUUCGGAUAUGGUGUAUUCGCUGUUCAGAAUGCUGCUUCAUCAUGCGAUCAAACAUGAGUAUGGAGGAUGGCGAGUUUGGGUUGACACCUUAGCUAUAGUCCAUUCAAAGGUUUCAUACGAAGAGUUCAAGCUACAAUUUGCUCAAAUGUACGAACAUUAUGAACAACGACGCGCAGACAACAUCACCGACCCAGCAGAGAGGCAACAGCGACCGAUCUCAACUAUAUCUGGUUGGGACAGACACACGGACGGACCAACCGUGAGUCGAGUGGUACCCGAUACUGACGAAAGCGUGGACAGCUCACCAGCCACAAUUAGAAAACAAAAUGUACUUAAUCAUGGAGCGCAAACAGAAAUAGGCAAGGGCCUAUCUCUUAGGGAAGUCGAAGGCUGCAAUUGUAAUAAACUCAAACCGAGUGACAGUGAAAGGAAUGCAGAGGAACCACGGACUACAGCUAUUUAUAGUGAAGUGUGUAAAGUGCAUAGUCCUGUUAAACAGAGUGUAAGUUCUGAAGUGACAAGUAUCGAUGACGGUUGUGACAGUGUAAAUAAUGAAAUGGAACAUGCUGUGGACGAACCCGGACAGUCUACUGAUGACAAAUUGCUCAAUACUGAUAAUGAAUUAGUUCAGUCUAUUAUAGAAAACAAACUGUUAGAAAGUUCCGAAUCUGGAAUGGAAAUUGUCGACUUGGAAAAGACUGAUAAACCGUUAAGUCGACAAGGAAGCCUCGAUUACAUUCCAGUCAGAGAUAUAGGAGACAACAUAAUGAAAGAUGAUAACACAGAUAGGAGCGAAGGUAUACCUUCCAGUUUAUCGAUUAGCGAAGCGGCUAGCCCCGAAAAAAUAGUAGACAAUAUGAAUAUAAUAAAUGAAAGAGAAUCAGAAUUAUCGGAUCCAUCCGAAUUGUACUUAACGCCGAGUGAAGCUACAAGUCCUAAGAAAAUACAAGAGGAAACUGAAUUGAAUAUUACAGAUAAAAUGAUAAGUGAUGAUCCAAAACAUGUUGCCAUCAAUAUUGUUAACGACGUCUUGUCUAUUGCCCUUGAAACUGUGAAGUUGAAAUCGGAUGAUGACACAGAUUCAGGAGCCAUAUCUGGUGGACAACAUUCCGAAGGCAAUACACCCAACGGUCGCGAAGACUUUGAACACGACAUGGAAGAAAUGAUCGACCAAAAACAAACAGUUGAAAUGAUCGCUAACGAAAUAGUUAGGGAUCUUAUUUCAACUGUAGUUGCGAAAAGCGGAGGCGAAGAAGAAACGGUUCUUAAAGAAACUGAGAGUCCUCAAAGAGUGCUAUCUUCUGAACAUCCGCAUGAUAGCAACGUAUUACCAUUCGAUGGUGAAUUUAUAGUUAAUCCUGACAGUGACGAACUGACUAAAGAUACACUGGCCACUAAAAAUGUCAGUGAAGAAAACGCAAAAAAUGAGAGCCAUAGAUUAGAAACAGAGCCGUUAGAAGAUCCUAAAACACCAGAAAUACCCCCUAUAUCCACAAUAAGUGAGAAUAUAUCGUUAGCAAACAAAAAAGAGCAGGAAAAAGAAGACGAAAGAAUUCGUGAAAACGACAGGGAGAAACGACGCGUGAGCUUACCCGGUGACAGUGAGAUGAAACAAGACAGCAGAGGCGAGAAUAUGUCAUCACAAGGCACGAACACUUCAUCUUCCCCUAAAAGACCUCGAAGUGCUUCUACGAGUACUCAAGUUGAUUCAAAUCAUUUCGAAACAAAACGACCAACAAAAUGCAACCGGCCGAUGUUUUCUCCUGGCCCGACGAGACCACCAUUCCGUAUCCCGGAAUUCCGCUGGUCGUACAUCCACCAACGCCUUCUUUCCGACGUGCUUUUCUCACUUGAAACGGAUAUACAGGUUUGGCGCAGUCAUUCCACAAAAUCUGUGAUAGACUUUGUGAACAGCAGUGAAAAUGCUAUCUUCGUAGUGAACACCGUACAUCUCAUCAGCCAACUGGCUGAUAAUCUCAUCAUCGCUUGCGGUGGACUGCUACCUUUGCUCGCUUCGGCCACUUCGCCAAAU